AUGAUACUACCACUAUCUUCACACACAUCAGACCCACACCAGCCAAGCCAAUCACCAUCUCCACAUCCAUCAAAUCCACCACCAUCUUCACACCUAUCAAAUCCACCACUAUCUCUACCGCCAUCACCAAGAAGCCCAACAUUAAGCCUAACACCAUUACCUCCACAACUAAAAAAUCAUCAAGCCAACAUCACUACCUCUACCCCUAAAAAAAUCAUGCCUACUCAAUUAAUGCUAACGGAAAUGCAAUUGGUUAGCACCUCCAAAAAAACUGCCGAAGCUACCGUUGAUUCGCGCACUUUAGAUAAAUUGUUGCUGCUCUGCCAAAAGAACAGUGCAAAGCUCAAUCAAAUUUCAAAAAGGCAAGACGAGUUAGAGACGAUUAUUAUCGAGCAAAAAGAUAAAAUUGAUGAAAUUUUAUCAAAAUUCGAAGAGCAUAAAUUCAAUACAGAAAUUGGGAACAGCAAAAAGGAGGGUAAAGAUAAAGGAAAAAAAAAUAGAAUCGAAUUUUAUCAAUUAUUUCACGAACACAAGCAACUAACAGAUGAUAAACUCAAAGUACACCUAAAGGCAAAAUUAGAUGGCGAUGAAUAUUGCACAAAUCAGCUUCAAAAACUGAAAGACAAUGACAUUAAUUACAACGAUCUAUGGGAUGAAAAGCUAUAUUCAGCCUUACUUAAGGCGAAUCGUAUCAAGAAAGGAGACAACUGGUUCAAGAAGCAAAUAAAAGAUUGGAAGACAAGCAAAGAGGUAAAAGCAGUAUAUGAUGAUCUAUAUUGCCCAAGUAAUCCAAAUGACCUGUCAUCAGACACAUAUAUCGUAUUGAUCAUCAAGUCUGCUUUUGUAUCUGAUAAGGAACUAAUGCGAGAAAAUGCUGUUUGA